UCCUCCCUCACCUGCAUCCUCUCUACCAACACCAUGGGUUGCUGUGGCUGUGGAGGUUGUGGCGGCUGUGGCGGCUGUGGCAGCUGUGGCGGCUGCGGUGGCUGUGGCGGCUGCGGUGGCUGCGGUGGCUGUGGUGGCUGCGGUGGCUGCGGUGGCUGUGGCGGCUGCGGUGGCUGCGGUGGCUGUGGUGGCUGUGGCGGUUGCUGUGGCAGCUGCUGUGGUUGCUGCGGCUGCUGCUGCAGACCUGUAGUCGUCUGCUGCCGCCGCACCUGCUGCCGCCACACCUGCUGUCAAUCCUGUGGCUGCGGCUCCUGUGGCUGUGGGAAAGGCUGCUGCCAGCAGAAGUGCUGUUGUCAGAAGAAGUGCUGCUGCUAGGGGGCUGCUGUCUCUGCAGCUCGGCUCUACAUUGCUUGAGGUUUUGCUCACACAUCUGUGAGGCUUGUCCUCCGCCCUGCCUGCCCCUUUUUCUCUGCUCUUCUGCCUGGGUGCCUUGAACUCUUCUUCCUGUCUCUCACUCUCUGGAGCUGCAGGCCACUUCUUUCCCCUCAGGGCAUCACCCUGACUCCUUCCCCUUCUCCCUGUACAUCCAGGCCUUGGCCUCCAGGAGGUAUGUAAUCUCUAUCGUCUUUGUAAUCUUGUCUGCAUUUAGAAAAAAACAUAAAACCCAGCAUAUAUUAUCAGCAACAGGUAAGAAGGUAGAGUCAUUCAUGUCAAAAAUGCAUUUAUUUUGUAAGUUUAACAGAAAAUCAUGAUAGUUACACUUUCCUGAAAAAAAUUACUCACAAUUAACUUUUUGUUAUUAUAUAUUGUAUGUUUACUAGCUUGUUUCUUAUUUCCAAGACUCUGUUUAAAGGUAAAAAGCAACUUUUUCUAAAUAAAUAAAUA